CACUCUCUAGCUCUCACUUCUCUCUAGAUAUACUCUAUCAUUUGGUGCUCUCGUUGAGAGCUAGAACAAUCAAGUUAGCACCCUUCGUCGCUACCAAGCACAGCUAACCACUGAUCAUGGGAAGAACUAAAUCAAACCGCAACCUCGUCAGCAAGGCCAUCCCUGAGGACCAAGAGCCCAGGGAGCACGAUGAGGACGCCACGGCCGACCAGGUCGGCGGGGGGGACGUCUUCCAGGAGGCCUUCAACCUCACGGCGGACCUCCGCAACCAACUCAACGGCGGAGCCCCUGACGCCCGCAUCGGCUUGGACAAGAAACGAGCUGAGAAGUCGGUCAUCAUCGCCAGCCUGGCUCAGAACCCCACCGUCCUCAGCGCACUCUUGCCAAGGACCGGGGGGAACGUCACUCCACCUCCUCAGCCCCAACCGUUGGCCGUCCAGAUAGGCAACUAUGAGGGGGUGGUGGCCCAGGACACGGCGUCGUCCCACUCCCACCCUGCUUCCCCUCUUCGGCCUGGGCAGACCCCAGCGCGUGGAAAAGCCUCUGCCUUCAACAGGCUAGGCGACACGCGCCGUCGUCCGGUUUCGGAGAGGAUGGCAGGACGGAUUGGUGAGCCUCGUCCUGGCUCGCCGAGGGAAAGCUUGGGGUCUGUGUCCCGGACAGCAGACCAGCCCCGCCCGGACAAGGGCAAGGGGAAGUUGCACGAAGACGACGUGCGCCACCGGAUCAAUGCGGCUCACGACGAGCGCAUGAGGAACCAGCCGGGCGCCGCUGCGGCCGCCAGGGACCCCCGGGAUGAAGUCAUUGCCCAGCUAGAAAGGAGGCUGGCUCAAAUGGAGGCCAAGCAGUCGGCCAACAUCCCUACGACCGGCGCCUCCAACGACCCCGGCCUCAACGCGCUCAUGAACAAGGUCAGCGCCCUGGAGAGGGAGUUGAUCGAGGGGCGAGGUGACCCCAUCAUCCAGGUCAGGACCAGGACCCCUUUCACCAACAGGGUCCUCUCGGCCCCCAUCCCGGAGAAGUACAGGGGAAACGCCAUCAAGUCCUACGACGGCCGAUCAGACCCCCAGGAACACUUCAGCCGUUAUCAGAACAACAUGCUGAUGGUGAACGCGUCAGACGAAUACCUCUGUCGUUGGUUCCUCUCUACUCUCGAGGGGCCAGCGUACGAGUGGUUCAACGCGCUCCCCGAAGGGAGCAUCGACUCAUGGCAGGAUCUUGCCCAACGCUUCCUCACCCACUUUGCCGGGAGGAAGCGUGCGAAGAAGUAUUUCACCCACCUCCUCUCCGUCAAGCAGCAGCAUGAUGAGUCCCUCUGGUCAUUCAUUGAUCGGUGGACGAGGGAGACCGAAGAAGUCGAGGGGGCCGAUGAGCGCACCCUCCUCGCCUUGUAUCAGGGAGCCCUCCGCAGCUCCCCGUACGCUAGGAGCCUCAUCACCGACCCUCCGAGGUCGUACGCCAAGGCGCUCCAGCGCGGAGGCUUGUAUGCCGACGCCGACGAGCCCCGGGUCCGUACCCGGCCGGCCAGGGUGCCCAGGGCCGUCACGGCUCUGGUGGACAGAGUAAGAAAGAUCGCCACUGGCGGCCGAGGUUGGAACGGCCGGGGGUUACCCUCACUCACCCGGUCGGCAUCAUCCUCGACUAUGCCGAGAAGCAUGGCCUCAUCGAGCAGGCCCCUCGGCCGGCCGAGGAGGUCCUUGCCAUCCAGCAGGGCGGCACAUACUGCCGGUUCCACAAGAACUUGUCGCACAACACCGACGAUUGCAUCACACUGAAGAAGGCCAUCGAGCGCCUUAUUUGCCAGGGGGAACUCUCCCAGUUCGCUAAAGGUGGCCCACGCAAAAACACAUGGGUAAACAUCGGAAAACAUGGGGGCGAACCCUCUGCGAAGAAGCGGGAGAUUGGUAGGCUCAGCGACGACGAGGACUUCGAAGAGCCCCCGCCAAAGAAGAAUCACAUUCACCUCAUCGUAGGUGGGAACACUGGGGGGACUCCGCCACUCAGAGAAAGAAAUGGGCCCAAUCCCUCUACAUUGGGGAGGUAUCCCACGUUCCUCCCCAGCCGAAGAAGCAGCAAACGGAGGCGAUCACCUUCACCGACAAGGAUUUGCCUCCGGGGACGGGAUCACACAGGGACGCCCUCGUCAUCUGGUGUGAGAUCGGUGACUCCAUCAUCCACUGCACUUACAUCGAUACGGGGAGCUCCGUCAACGUGAUGUACCUGGAUACCUUCCGGCAGCUGAAGCUGGACAGAGCCCUGCUAAAGCCGAUCAAGACACUGUUAUCCGGCUUCACCGGGGACUCUAUCGACGCCGAGGGAACGAUAGUCCUCCCCGUGGAGGUCGGUGACGGCCCCCACCGCACCAGGAUUGACAUGGAGUUCAUGGUGGUCAACCUCCAGUGCGCCCACAACCUGAUCUUGGGCCGGCCAGCGCUGGAGGACUUGGAGGCCAUCAUCUCCAUGAAGCACUUGUGCCUAAAGUUCCCCACCAAUGACGGCAUCGGCUACGCCAGAGGAAACCAGAGGAUUGCCAGAGCAUGCUACCUCAAGCUAACAAGGCCGACCGAAAGGGAAGGACAGAGGAUAGACACCAUCACGGCAGCCGUUGCCAAGGAUGAGGAGAGGCCGCAUGCCGAACCGGCCGAGGAGGUCGAGGAUGUCCCUCUGAAUACCUCCCGGCCGGAGCGGGUCCUCAGAAUCGGGAAGCAGCUCCCUCAGGACCAACGAGAUGCCAUCCUCCUCGUCCUGCGGUCAUACGCCGUUGUCUUCGCGUGGGGCCCGGACGACAUGCCAGGCAUCAGCCGCCAGGUGAUUACUCACCGGCUGACCGUCGAUCCGGCCUCCACGCCCGUCAAGCAUAAGCGGCGCUACUUGUCCGCCGACAGGCGGGACUUCGUCAAAGGGGAGGUCGCCAUGCUCCUCUCAAUCAAACACAUUAAAGAGGUGAAGUACCCGACGUGACUGGCCAACGUCGUCCUCGCCCAGAAACCGCCAACAUUCAGGAUGUGUGUUGAUUACACUGACCUGAACAAGGCGUGCCCCAUGGACCCGUUCCCUCUCCCCAACAUUGAUCAGCUGGUGGACGAGACGGCGGGGUGCGAGUUGAUGUCGUUCCUUGACGCUUUCAGAGGGUACCACCAAAUCUCCAUGCAUGAAGAUGACCCCAGAGGGAAUCUUUUGCUACCUCGUCAUGGCCUUCAGACUCAAAAACUCUGGCGCCACCUAUACUAGGAUGGUGGCCAAGAUCUUCAGGGCGGUCCUUGGCCGGACGAUGGAGGCAUACGUCGACGAUAUGAUCGUCAAGAGCAGGCAGGCCACCUCCCACGCCGACGACCUCCGGGAAAUCUUUGAAAUCAUGAAGGAGUUCAGGCUCCGCCUCAACCCCAAGAAGUGCGCCUUCGGCGUCCAGGGCGGCAAGUUCCUCGGCUACAUGGUCAGCCGAAGAGGCAUCGGGAUAAACCCGGAGAAGACACAUGCUAUCAUCAACAUGGAGCCGCCCCGCAACGUCAAGGAAGUACAACGACUGACGGGGCGCCUGGCGGCCCUGAACCGGUUCCUCUCCAGGUCAGCCGAGAGGGCACUUCCCUUCUUUCAGAUCAUGCGUGAAGCCAACAGCUUCAAGUGGACGACGGAGUGCCAGGAAGCAUUCGAAAAGUUGAAGAGGUACCUAUCGUCCCCGCCCGUACUCUCCAAACCCAAAGCCGGCGAAACCCUCUUCUUAUACUUAGGGAUGAGCACGUCAGCCAUCAGCUCCGUGCUCAUCCGUGAGGACGAAGGGGUGCAAAAGGCCAUUUUCUACAUCAGCAAGACACUCAGGGAGGCCGAGCUCAGGUACUCCCCCAUUGAGAAGACAGUGCUGGCCAUCGUCCAUACGGUGAAGAAGCUGGGACACUACUUCUAGGCCCAUGUCGUCCAUGUGCUGACCCAACAACCUCUCGGCGCACUCAUCAGGAGCCCGACCAGCUCCUCUAGGAUGGUGAAAUGGGCAAUCUUCCUCAGCCAAUUUCAAAUUGAGAUCAAGCCAAGGCCAUCUAUCAAAGGGCAAGCCUUGGCCGACUUCGUCACUGAAUGCACAGCAAGGGAGACAGCCGUCGCCGACCCCGGGCCGGAGCCGGACAAUACAUGGAUCCUAUUCGCUGACGGCUCGUCGGCCGCGAAAUCAUGCGGUGGCGGCGUCGUCCUCAUAUCCCCUGAAGGAUUCAGAGCUUACUAUGCCAUCCGCUUCAACUUCAGGGUAUCCAACAACGAAGCCGAGUAUGAAGCCCUUCCUCGGCGGUCUCAGACUCGCCGCCGGCCUCAACGCCAAGCACCUCAAAAUCAAGUGCGACUCCAAACUGGUAGUGGGCCAGGUGGAGGGAUCGUACGAAGCAAAGGAGGGACGGAUGCGACAGUACAAACAGGCAGCAGAGGAGUUGCUGAAGGCGUUUGAAACCCACGAGAUCACUCAGAUCCCAAGGGCCGAGAACGCCGAAGCCGACACCCUCUCCAAGCUCAGCUCAGACACCCCAGAGCACAUCUCCAGGAUAGCCAACAUCGAAGAGCUGAGCAUGUCUAGCAUUCAUGCCAGCCCCAUCUUAUGCAUCCAACAGCGACCAGAGGACUGGAUCUCCGACAUCGUCACCUUCAUCACAGCGGGUCAGCUACCCCCGAACGAGGAGAGGGCCAAACUUGCCAAACUUAGGGCCCCAAGCUACACCAUUGAAGAUGGCAAACUCUACAAGCGAUCCUAUAACGGCACUCUCCUCCGAUGCCUACACCAGGAUGGGGCCGACAUGGCCAUGGAAGAAGUUCAUUGUGGUGUCUGCUCCUCGCACCAGGGCCCUUUCAGCAUGUCCCGACGUCUCGUCGUCCAGGGCUUCUUCUGGCCGACGAUGGCGCGAGACUGUGCGGACCUGGCCAGGAAGUGUACCACGUGCCAGGUGCUUCAGAAGGACCCUGGUCGGCCAGCCGUCAACUACGCCCACGUCAGCACCGCAAUUCCAUUCUCUAGAUGGGGGAUUGACCUGGUCGGCCCCCUGCCCAGAGCCGCCGGGAACAACCGCUACAUCAUCGUCGCCGUCGACUACUUCACCAAGUGGGUCGAGGCGGAACCCCUGGCCAGCAUCACGGGGGCCAGAUGCCAAAAAUUUGUUUACAAAAACAUCAUCACACGCUUCGGCGUCCCCCAGGAGAUUAUAUCAGACAACGGCACCCAAUUCGAGGCAGCCCCUUUUCAGGAGCUCCUCCGGGAGUUUGGGGUGAAACAUCGUUUCUCCUCCGUUGCCUACCCUCAGGGCAACGGGCAGGUCGAGAACGCCAACAGAACAAUCAUGGAGGGGCUGAAGAAAAAACUCCAGGCCGCAAGAGGUAGUUGGGUCGACGAGCUCCCCAACAUCCUGUGGUGCUACAGAACCACAUCAAGGAGGGCGACAGGUGAAACGCCUUUCGCCCUAUGCUACGGCUUUGAGGCAAAGGCGCCCACGGAAGUUGCCAUCCCCAGCCGACGGGUGGAACAAUACGAGCCUGACUCCAACGAAGAAAACAUGAAGAUUUACCUGCACCUGGUCGAUGAGAGGCGUGAGCAAGCUUACGUCCGAGCAGAGAACUACCGGCGUCAAGUAAAAUCAUACUAUGACGCCAAGGUACGUUCCUGGGAAUUCCAGGUGGGGGACUACGUCCUCCGCAGAAGGGAAGCAAGCCAGCCGACAGAGGGUGGCAAGCUAGCAUUGAAGUACGAAGGGCCCUACAUCGUCAGUGCCGUGGUCAAACCCGGCACCUACAAGCUUAAACGCCCGAAUGGGUCCAAUGUACCACGAACGUGGAAUGUACACCAUUUGGUGAAGUUUUAUCAGUAAUCCGAAGGAGGUGCAGACGGCGAAGCCCUCACCCCUUAACGGGUUACUGAUUGAACACCACCCUCGGCCUCGAGCCACUUAUGAAUAAAAUCAUGUUCCUCUUGAUUUUUUCUCUGGAAUUUAAAGUAAAAGCAUUAGCAGGUGCCCUCAUCGGCCACCUUAGAGCGAAAGGCUCAGGCAUGGCCGACGUGGCCCCUUGCAUUUGUAGCCUGCGAUCGAUAAGAUCAGGCGUUCCAUUGUAUUUUGUAUCAGUGAAGGGCUCAGGCCUAGCUGAGAGAGCACAUCGUCCUGGCCCCGUAAGCCUAGAAGUGAAACGCUCAGGUAUGGCCGUCGAUGUCCCCAGGACGAGGGGCCCGCAAACGGCCCACGUCUUGAAACGGGAAGCUCACCGCGUCGUCCACACGCCAGAUCGCAGGACGACAGGCCUGAAAUCAUGGCCGAGGUGACAAAAUCCCAAAACUCGGGGAUGGGCAACGACAGCCGUUGGAAACCGACCAAAAGUCUAGCCCGCGUCAUAAAUAGGCGACGGGACCCGCCCUGAGAUCACAGACGUUAUAAACGAAGUCCGAACCGGCCAAAGGACGAGCACACUCUUCGGCCGAAGCCUGAAAGAAGGAUACUCCCCGAAAAAGGGGACGGAAACAAAAAAAAAAGAAAAAAAAGAGGGAAGCAGAUGGCCGUGCGCACUAGCCAGCCUCGAGCAAUGAAAAAAAUAAAAUCCCCACAAUUCAGCCCCAACUUGGCCAAGUACAUAUCAGUUGAACACAAGUGUAGUACCACUAACAGGUGACAUGGACGAUACGUCCACACACCACAAGGGAAUGGUCAAGGCCGAAGCAUACGCCUAUAAAACCGUAACCGAAUCGGUUGGGUGACACGCGAGAGGUAACCUUCAUCAGCGACAGCCCUUUGAAGCACCAACGCUUGGUAUGAAAUAAAACACUUACGAUCCUGAAGGAUGACGAGGACGAAGCAGGCACUUAUCACACCCGCGGAAGAAUCAAGCAAUCAAGAAACAAUCCCUACUGGGCACAGCAUCCCGGAUGGCCGAUACAGGCACUGAAACCCAGGCUGUUGGUCAAGCGAAAGUUCUUUGGGGAUUUGUCCAAGUGUUUACCAAACACUUAGAGAAAAUUCUGAGAAAAAAGGUUCCUCAAGAAGGAACUAUGUCUUAGCAGAUGAAGGUAGGGCCAUCUCUUUGGGAAAGCAAGGGGCACCCUCAUCAGCCACAAGCCAGACCUUGGCCGACGAAGGUAGGGCCAUCUCUUAGCCGGCAGCGGUACCGCAAAGAAGGAACUAUGUCUCACAUUUAUACUUAGAAAAAUCUCUAAGUACUUAAAUGGAGAAACUCUAGACGAAGCGGGUACCUGUAUACUCGAAGGCCGUUAGCUACCUACGCCUUGCAUGUGUACUUACAAAAAAUCCUAUGUUCAAAAAAAAACUAAGUUCAAAGUACCCUUAUCGGCCACAACACAAGGAUCCAAGCCGACCUUCCUGAUCAGAUCAGGAACGAGGGAACACGACGGUCAUGAAAAACACUGGGCCGACAACGCCAUUGGUUCAGCACUUGGGGAAUUUCCCAAAUCAUUGGUCAACGCUAAGAGAGAUUCAGUACCAGGACGAUGAGAACACCCAUUCACUUGAAGUUAGACACUUAGAAAAUUCUAACAAAAAAGAAGAAUGGGACAACGCCAGGACGCAGCGGACACCCCAUCUUGCCCGCCUCAGUCAGGACGGAAAGAAAGACACUAGGACAUAUCCUAUCUAAGUGGAUCUAAAACACUUAGAAAUUUUUUGAAUAAAUUCAAAGUGUUACAACAGCGAAGAAAGACCGGACAGGCCGACCAGGCCACCAGACUGAAUGGCCUACCUCACGGACGUAGCCGACACGCGUGGGUGACCUAAGUUGUAACUUUUACACUUAGACAAAUUUCGAAACUGAAAUAGCAAAAGGGAACGAAACAUACAAGACAUACAAAGCCGAGCAGAACAGCAAGAUGAUUCAUUCAUAAACAAUUAAGUACAAUGGUGGGCGCUUCGGCCAUUACAUCAAGUGGGCAAAAAUAGAAAAUUAAUUACAAGAUAGGGAGCGAGGAGUAGCCGACCAAGUCUCUUGGGCGCCUCCACCCUCGACUGGCUCUUCGACAUCUUCGCCUCCCUCCUCGGCCUCAGUCUCCUGGUCAGCGGCAGCCGCAGAACUGGUGGCAUCGUCUAGGAAAUCAAACUCCGUGUAAUCCGGCUCGCCGAGGCCGGAACUCUCGAUUGGGGACUCCCGCUCCGAAAGAGGAAGCUUGGCCUGCUCUUCGGGAUCUUUCAUCAGCUUGGGGAGCUUCAAGUUCCGCCUAGCCCACCCGGAGGUAUAAUUCAUGGCUUUGAGGGCACGCGAUAGCCGCCGACACAGGAGCCUCUGCAUCCGCUCUUGGCCCAUGUUGUAGUACACGGCCAUCUCCCUGCUAAAAUACUCCUGGCCGGCGGGGGAGUUCAUUCCCCAAUCUUCAAGCAUGGCGGCCACCACUUCAUAGCACCAGGAGAGCCGCUCAUCGGCCUUCCACCCCUCGGCCAAGAACUGCUUAACGGCCUCAUCAGCGGCCUUCACAGCGGCAGCCUCGGCCUCAGCUUUUGCCUUCACGGCUUCAUCGUUUUUGCGCCGUUCGGCCUCAAGCGCCCUCUGGCUCUCCUCGAGUUUGGCCAGGGCAUCGUCCCUGGCUGCAGCGGCCUCGUCGGCCCUCUGUUGCAAGGCCUUGGCAUCCUCCCGGAGCCGAUCCAAGCAGGCUACCGCCUCAUCGGCCGAGGCAGCCUUUUGCUCAAGCUCCCUCAGGCGAGCAAUCUCCCAGUGCUGCCUCUUGUGGCUCUCCAUGAGCAUGAAGGCACCCUGUACAAAAAAGGCAAACAAAG